AGUAGGCGUUUCAAAAACCGCUAGGAAUACAGAUAAAUCGGUUUUUCUGGUCACUCUGUCGGCGAUGGUGUAAGUAGAUGGUGCAACUUUCACCUGUCAUUCACCGCAUGUUUCCAGCGCUGUCAAAAUAAAAACAAUGUGCGCGUAGCGAAAGGAUCUUUUCCCGGCACACUUGCACCCAUUCACGCGUCCAGAUUAGUGAGUAUUUAGCUAGCAAAAAGUGCUAAUUUCCCACCUAGCGAGGAUGAACCGAGUGAAAAAGAAACCGAGCGGCAGUUUGGUGCUGUUGAAGAAAAAGAAAAGCAAGAAGCAACAAGUGCCCGUGGAUUCGGACAACGAAGCGUACGACUCGAUGGUCGACAACGGUACCGAUGAGGAUGAUGAUGAUGACGACGAUGGCGGUGGCGAACUUAAUGGUGCCGGUCAGAACGGAAACGCUUCCGGGGAGGAAAGCGACAGCAUGGACAGCGGCCACGAGAGUGGUGCCUUUGUGCGUGCUCCAAAACCAUCGAAGAAGAAGGCCGUCAAAGCGUUGAAGCGCAAAGUGGUCGCACACGAGGACGACGAAGCGCACCGUAAGCGCCUGAAAGAGAUGAAGGAACUGUACAAACCGCCGACCAUGGAGGAGAUAAACCGGCUGAAGGAAACUGAAAACUACUACCACUCGAAUCUGUUCCGCAUGCAGACGGAGGAAAUGCUGAAGGAGGUGCGCGUGCCGUCCAAGGUGGGCCGGUUCAGUCACGUUUGGGUGGAGCAGUUUAAACAAUUUCUCCACACAAUAGAAGACGGUGCCAGUGACCGGUGGCUGCACGAGCUGGAGUACGAUGGUGUGCAAUUUCCACUGCCGUUGACCAGCAUGCAGCACGCGCAGGAAGUGCUCGGCAAGGAACGGUUCCGGUAUAUGCAGCAGCAUCAGGUGCGCGUGAUCGGUGGGUGCGAUGGAAUGCUGCGCACCUCGUUCGGGAAACCACUGGUCGUGGAUCUGCUUAUGGUCAUGCCAGAGAAGUGUCUUCACAAGGAGGACUACCUGAACCUGCGCUACCACUGCAAGCGGGCGCACUAUCUCUGCACGAUUGCAGAACGUUUGCUGCAGCAGGCGGGAAACGAUAAGGUGGUCUCGAACAUUCGCUUCGAGCCACUGAAGGGCGAUCAUACGAAGCCGGUACUCGUAAUGGAACCGGCAGAUGAACGAUUCGCACGAAAGAUUCACUUUCAGCUGCACGUAGUGGCCGAUAGUAGCAAAUUUCCCAAGAAACGGUUCCUCCCGCAUCGGAACAACGUGCGACCGACCAUGAUCGGAGGGCAGGCGGAAACGGUAUCGACGGAGGAGUACGAAAACCUUCCCACCCCGCACUACAACACUUCCAUUCUUUAUGACGUUCGGUUGGUGAAGAAUGUAGAGCUGCUGGAAAGCAUCAUCCAGUCAGAGAGCGUGCGGGAAGCGAUCGUCCUGCUGAAGGUGUGGAUACGCCAGCGGCACUUCGACCGAGGCCGGUACGGUUUCGACGGCGCACUGGCCACGUUCUACGUCGCGUAUUUGCUGCAGAACAAGCGCAUCUACCCGAACAUGAGCAGCUACCAGAUCAUUCGACUGUUCUGGAACCAGCUGGCGGGCAGCAGCUGGGACAAGGAGGGAAUUUCCUUUGACAGCAGUAGCCGCGAAAUGCUGGUCUCCUUCUUCCGCUACUACGACGUGGUGUUUAUCGAUCCGCUCGGGACGCUCAACCUUGCCGCCAAUCUGCCGGUGGAUCUGUACCGGCGCGUGCGGCACGAGAGUGCACUGGCGAUACGGUUGCUUGAUAACCGCCAAAUUAAUUCCUUCCUGGCGCUGUUCCUAGCAAGCUAUCCCUCCUUUGCCCAGUACGAUCACAUAGUGAUGGUCAACGACUCCAAGCUCGUCACUGCCACGCUUGAAUCGUUCGCCGAGGACGCCGAAAAGCUCGAUUACUUCGGUGACGCUCAGGCACUCUUCACGCGCAUGGUCGAACGGUUGCUAAGGAAAGGGCUGGGAGCGCGUGCCGCCUAUCUGGUCCCGCUUGCUAGCACUCUAAAAGAGGGCGAGAGUGCGAUGCCGAUAAAGCCACGAUUGGCGCUCGGGCUUUCGCUCAACGGUUCGGAAGCGUUCAAUCUGGUCGAUAAAGGCCCGGAAGCGAUCGAUGCGGAGGCAAGCGAAGCGUUCCGCUCGUUCUGGCACGGCAAGGCAGAGCUGCGUCGCUUCAAGGACGGCUCCAUCACGGAGUCGUGCGUGUGGGGCGAAACGUCCGACCCGAUCGGACAGAAGCGUUUGAUCGUACGGGCGAUAGUGAAGUUUCUGCUGCAAGCGCAUUUCGAUAUGCCGGAGAACAAGAUCGUAUAUUUGGCGGAACAGUUCGAGGCCGCGGUAACACCGUUCCCGGUGCAGGAGUUGCACGAAACAAUCGAGGAACGCUCGCUAGCCGUCAUCCGCACGUUCGAUACGCUUGGACGUGUGAUGCGCGAUUUGGAACGUCUGCCGUUAACGAUCAAUGCAAUUACUGGAACGGAUCCGGUGUUUCGCUAUACUGAUCCAGAUCCUCCCCGACCGACCGCUAGCGGAAUGCAGUCCAGCAAUGGGGAGACGGUAUUUCUCAGUGGGAAACCGAUCCGUGCUACGAUCCAGCUGGCGGCUAGUGGAAAAUGGCCCGCCGAUCUGGAAGCGAUACGACGCCUGAAAACGGCAUUCUAUCUGCGCAUUGCCGAGGAUGUGAACACCUCGCGGAAAUUAAAGGGACAAGUCCAGGCCCAGGCAUACAACGACUAUUUGGAUGUGCUUUUUGAAAAAUACCUAUUCCGGUUCGAGAUAAUUCAUCAGCGCGAAAUAGGCAUUCUUCGCGAGUAUCUGUCCGCGAACAAGGUUACACGCCUGCAGAAGGACACGGACGAAAGCGUCGCCCUGGAGAUGCGGGCCACGAUCCUGCCCCAGCUGACCGGCUUCCUGCACGGUUUGCAUCAGCAGUACUUCUCCUUUGGCUCCGUCGCUGCCAUUGCAAAACGCUGGCUUUACUCGCAGCUAAUCGAUCCAUAUCUCUGGCCGGACGAGUGUACGGAACUGCUGCUCGCUGCGCUGUAUUUAAACCAACCGUUGCAGCCACCGAUACAACCGCAGACGGGCUUCCUGCGCUGGCUGCAGUUUAUCGCUUCCACCGACUGGAGCAAAGAGAUGAUCGUGGUGAACCUAACCGACAAACUGUCGAGCGAAACGAUCGACGAGCUGGAGAAGGACUUUUUCGAACGCCGCCAUUCGUUCCCACCGCUCACAAUCGUAACGCCGUGCGAUGCGGGAAAGUAUGGACUGUUUGGACGGAGAGCGCCAACACUAGAAAUACUGAACCGGGUGACGUUGCUUGCUAAAGCGGCCACACAGCUGGUGGAAACCGAUUUCCGUACGCUUCGCAACAACAUUCAGGAUUUCUUCGAACCAUCGGUUGAAGGUUACAACGUCAUCAUUCACCUGCACGCCCACAUCGUGACGCCGAUCGGUAUACGCAAAUCGCAUGAAAUAGGCGUUCACAAGACGCCGGGUUGGUCAGUGAACUCGACGGACAAAGAGCCGGCAGCGGGGCUCGAUCCGGUGCGCUCUUAUUUGCAAGAGCUUCGUGAAGCCUAUGGGCAGUUUGCCAUCUUCUUCUACGACCCGUGUGGUGGCGAUCGGAUUGCCGUCCUGUGGCGUCCGCAAGCAUUGGAAGAAAAACCGUUUACGACAUCGAACGUAAGUGGAAGAAAGUUUACGAACGACGGUACACUGCAGCUGAAUGUCGAUGCGUUAGUGCGAGACUUUGAGAUCCUGGGUGAAGGAUUGGUGAGCAGCGUCGAGAAAAUGCACUAAACACAACAUGCAAUGUGUUUGUAAGGUAGUUUAAAACGACCGACCUGUUUCGGAUUAUAAUUUAAAGAGCAACAAAAAAAACCAGCAAUAAAAUACAUUUCUCUCCCUUCCCAUGUA